UCGGAGCCGCUAGGGAUGCUUCGCCCAGCAGACGCCCGCAGAGGACGCUCCUGGGAGACGCGCAGCCGCCGCGCAGCCGCAGGCCCUCGCUGUCCGGCCCCGGCCCCGCCCCUCCAAGGCCCCGCCCCCUCCCGUCCCCCGGCCGCGGCGGGUUCCGGUCGAAGUUCCAGCACGGCGACCUGGGUGAGGCUGGAGCGACUCAUGAAGGUGUUCGUCACCCGCAGGAUCCCCCCCGAGGGCAGGGCCGCGCUCGCCCAGGCCGCAGACUGUGAGGUGGAGCAGUGGGACUCAGAUGAGCCCAUCCCCAGCAAGGAGCUGGAGCGCGGCGUGGCGGGGGCCCACGGCUUGCUCUGCCUGCUCUCUGACCGUGUGGACAAGAAGGUUCUGGACGCUGCAGGAGCCAACCUCAAAGUCAUCAGCACGCUGUCCGUGGGGGUUGACCACUUGGCUUUGGAUGAGAUCAAGAAGCGUGGAAUCAGAGUGGGCUACACCCCAGACGUCCUGACCGACGCCACCGCGGAACUCGCCGUCUCCCUGCUGCUCACCACCUGCCGCCGGUUGCCCGAAGCCAUCGGGGAAGUGAAGAACGGUGGCUGGACCUCGUGGAAACCCCUGUGGAUGUGCGGCUACGGACUGACGCAGAGCACGGUCGGCAUCGUGGGGCUGGGCCGCAUAGGCCAGGCCAUUGCUCGGCGUCUGAAACCCUUUGGUGUCCAGAGGUUUUUAUACACCGGGCGGCAGCCCAAGCCCCAGGAAGCAGCAGAAUUCCAGGCUGAGUUUGUGUCCGCCUCACAGCUAGCCGCAGAGUCGGACUUCGUGGUUGUGUCCUGUGCCCUCACGCCGGCGACCAAGGGGCUGUGCAACAAGGACUUCUUCCAGAAGAUGAAGGGCACGGCCGUGUUCGUCAACAUCAGCAGGGGAGACGUCGUGAACCAGGAUGAUCUGUAUCAGGCCUUGGCCAGUGGUCAGAUUGCAGCUGCUGGGCUGGACGUGACGACCCCUGAACCCCUGCCUACGGACCACCCCCUCCUGUCCCUGAAGAACUGUGUGAUCCUGCCCCACAUUGGCAGUGCCACCUACAAGACUCGCAACACCAUGUCCUUGUUGGCAGCUAACAACCUGCUGGCUGGCCUGAGAGGGGAGCCGAUGCCCAGUGAACUCAAGCUGUAGCCAGCCAGAGACCCAGAGGGCUGCAAGACGCACAGGCAGGACAUGCGGCCACAGGAGGGAGCCGAAGAGAAGCCUGCUCCGUCCUAGUUCCAUGAGGGACGCUGUGCCCGCUGAACCCAGCUGAGCCACAAGCGCACGAUUCUGCCAUUAAAGAAUUCCAAGUGUC